CUAGAAGCUUACAGCUAUGGCGAUGGCGAACGUUGCAGGCGACGGAUUCGAGUUCCUAUCAGAUCCAAUCGACAGAUUCCCAUUGCCGGAUCUCGCCGCCGCCGAAUUCUUUCUGCGCGGCGAAGCAAAUCAAUCUCUUGGGUGCGCCGUCGCUCAAUCUAGCAAUGGUGCUGUUUGGGAUGGCGCAGUGAUAGCACAAGAAGAAUUUGAGAGCGGCUCCAAAAGGAUCGCAACAUCGAAUUCAGAGCGUUGGACAGCAAGGGCGAUGGACAAGCGGCUGACUCAGCCAACAGGUUUCGCUUGCCGGACCUCACCACCAGUAAAUCAUUGCUGGAUGGCAAAGCAAUGCAAACUUUGGUAUGCGCAGACGCUGAAUCCAGCAUUGGUGAUGUGGGUGAUGGUGAGGCAACAAUACAAGGAGAUGUCAAUAGCACCUGCAGUGGGAUGGCCCUGUCCAUGCCAACCUCAGAACAAUCGACAGGCAAAGACAAUCCUCAAGCACCUAGCUGGAUCAAGAGAGUACGUGUGGGACAUGCACCUGUUGAACGUCCACCAUGUGCUGGCAGGAUCAGUGCCCUCGAAAAAACAUUGCAAAGAUAUGCAGAGAAGAAGACUGACACAGUCGUGGUUCCAGCAACAGGUAUCAACUUUGAUUCACUUGGAGAAGCGUAUGAUUGCUACAAUCUCUAUUCCUAGGAGAUUGGAUUUGGAAUAAGGUAUGGCAAGAGCAGGCUUAAUGUCGAAAGAACAAAAUGCAUGCAGGAGAUAGUCUAUGGCUGCACUGGAAUCCUGAAAAGCAGGACAUGCCGAUGCAGAUGCCCUGCAAUGAUACGUUUGCUUCAAUCAGAUGACAGUGGGUGGUACAUAAGUGAGUACAGACCAGAACACAAUCAUGCACCAACAGAAAAAUGUGGCAAAACGAUGUACUGGCCCUCACACAGACAUAUCAAUGUAUACACAAGGGAUGUUGUUAAACAACUCCGUGAGAAAAAUAUUAGCAUUGGCAAGGUCUACAAUAUAAUUGGUAGUUUCUUCGGUUCAAUGACAAAUGUGCCUAUCAGCAAAAGGGCACUGAGAGGACUCUGUAGUAAGAUCAGUCGAGAGCAAGCAGACGAAGAUUUAAAGAAAACCAUGGAUGUUUUUGCCGAAUUGGGAGCAAAAGACUCUGGUCUCUUCUACCGAGUGCAGCCUGAUGAGGAGAGCCGUAUACGGAAUUUGAUAUGGUUAACUAAAGCAAGGAGGGCACAGUACGAUUAUUUUGGAGAUGCAAUAACAUUUGACCCAACAUACCGCACAAACCUAUAUGAUAUGCCAUUUGGGCUGUUUGUAGGCGUCAAUAAUCACUUCCAGAGUGUGAUCUUUGGCGGCGUGCUAGUCAGAGAUGAAACAGUUGACACUUUCAAGUGGGUAUUCAGUGAAUUCAUUCGCAUGAUGGGGGGAAAACAUCUGCAAACAAUACUCACAGAUCAAUGCAGAGCGAUGGAGUUAGCAAUUGAGAAAGUGCUGCCAGACACCACUCACCGCUGGUGCAAAUGGCACGUCCUGAAAAAGGCAAAAGAAUAUCUUGGUCCACAUUACACAAAGCACAUCAAAUUCAGGGCAGAAUUCCACAAAAUAAUCCAUCACAUGCUUACGGUUGAUGAGUUCGAGACUGCAUGGAAGCAAGUGACAGAGGCGCACGGUUUGCAAAAACAUGCUUACCUCAUUGGCAUCUAUGAAACUAGAAUGAAAUGGGCAAAACCAUAUUUCAAUGGAAAGUUCUGUGCAAAGAUGACAGGCACACAACGCAGCGAGAGUGCCAAUCAUAUGCUCAAAUGCUAUGUUCCAGCAAGCUGCCCCAUGCAUCUAUUUGUUCGACAAUACAUGAGACUUCUUUUCGAUAGAGGGGCAAAUGAGAACUAUGAGGAGAGACGCACAAAGAUAGUAAGUUGCUGACUCUAUCCUCACUAAUGCAUUGUCUAUAUCUGCAGGUAGCCCCAGUAUUGAAAGUGAAUACACCACUGGAGAUGCACGCUAGCGACAUCUACACCCGAACCAUGGCUGAAAAAUUUGGCGAAGUUAUAUAUGAAGCGGGGCAGUACAAAGUUGAGGAAAUCACUAAAGGGAAAACCUAUUUCGCGAAACGAUACCAUCCAGAGAAACAUGCCAAAUGGUGCAGGGUUUUGUACAAAGUGGAAGUUGUUGACGAAGGAACUGAGCUGAUAUGCGAAUGUGGCAAUUUUGAACACACACAUGCUUGCUCUGUUGUCACGCUGUUAAGGUCCUUCGAUUUCCUUGGCAUAGACCAUAUACCAGCAAAGCAUAUGCUGAAGCAGUGGACGAAGGACGCAAGGGAUUUGCUGCCAGCCCACCUGUCGCAUCUUCAGAAGGAUAGCAUUUCUGUGAAUUCAAUAACAUACAGGCACUGAAAUCUGUACACACAUGCACUUGAGGUAGUCAGGCCGGGAGAUGCAAAUCCAGAAGCAUGAGUGUGCAAUGGACAUCCUGAAGGGAGCAGUGGAUAAGCUGACACCACUAGCUGCUGUGCAGGAUGGAAUGGGACCGGAAGACAAAAAUGAUCAACAUAAGAGAAAAGACAAAGAACCCAUUGCAGCAAUUGCACCCUUGAGCGGACGCUGAAGGGAGUGCAGUGGGGAACUUCGAAGGACUAAGUCCUCCAAAACGAAAACGAAAAGCCGGUCGACCAACCACAAGCAGGGACAAGCCUCCAUAUGAUGUUCGGGGUGCAAAAAGCAAGAAAUACAAGCGGCCAGCAAAUGCACAAGAUGCAGAGAGAUGUGCUACCAGCAAGCGCACUCGCUUCUGUAGUAUAUGCCGGGAGCCAGGGCACAAGAACAGCACAUGCCCACUGCGAGGAGAUCUUCGUCGAAAGGAAAGGAAAGAGGCAAAAUGCUCAAACUGUGGUGUCGGUGGACACAGGAGAAACACAUGCAACAAGCCGAAAGUUGUUGUGCACGUGAUCGAGAAAAUAGCUUUGGAAACGAAUUUACCUUAGUUUGUGUUUCUGCAAACUCUGUUCUUGAGGGCUCUGCAGCCAAUACUUAGGAAUCUGUGUAAUAAAAACCAUCUACCGUGCAUGUGUUGUACUUGG